CCCACUGUUCGUCAUGACUCAUGACCUAAUAUUUUUUUCUUUUUUUUUUCAGUAGUGUGUAAGUAAAGCCUGUCGCCGCCAUUCUCAAGCCACAAGGAGUCGUUUCUCCCGUUACCCUUCGCUUCUUCAUCAUCUUCAUCCAAUCUCUCUCUCCGAUGGCGACAUUAGACACAGACAUCAACAUGGUGCCCGUCGGGGAGGGAUCGAGCGGCGCGGGUCCAUCGUCGUCUAAGAAACCGAAGCGGUUCGAGAUCAAGAAGUGGAACGCCGUCGCUCUCUGGGCGUGGGAUAUUGUUGUUGAUAACUGCGCGAUCUGCAGGAACCACAUCAUGGAUUUAUGCAUUGAGUGUCAGGCGAAUCAAGCAAGUGCUACGAGCGAGGAGUGCACGGUGGCUUGGGGUGUUUGCAAUCACGCUUUUCAUUUUCACUGCAUCAGCAGGUGGCUUAAAACCCGUCAAGUUUGCCCACUUGACAAUAGUGAAUGGGAGUUUCAGAAAUAUGGUCACUAGAACAAAAAAGAUUUUGGGACGCCAUUAUCUGCUUUGGACGUGAUGCUGCUGCUUCUGUUAAUUGUUAUCCUGCUUAGCUUUUUUCAUCAUUCCAAACAUAAAAAAGCAGUCAUAAACUGUAAGCAUUGUUUUUCCUUUGUGCAAUUUUGAUGUCAAAGAUAUCUACUUGAACAUUAUAAGAACCAUUUAAACUUCCCAGC